AUGGUGGCAAAGGAGAUCGCCUUGGGAGAUAGGAAGGACCUGAAGAACGCAUUUAGGUGGGACGAAGUCAAGUUGAACCUACCAGGUUCAAGUACGUAUGACCCCAGCUUGCAUUGGGUGUUCAAGAUCCGGUGGUCUGAUGGUAAAAUUGCUGCGGAUUUGUUCAUCUAUGUUGACGAUGGCCGAGUUACAUCAUCCAAUAAGUUGGAAUUAAGUGUGUUCGUGUCUCAAGAAAAAUGGGACAAGACCAAGCUUCAGGUUAAGGAGAUCGCGGAAGAACUUAGUGGGUCAACGUCGGGGUCUUUGAAGCACAAGGCGCUAGAGAGAAAGCGCGGUUUUCUAUUCUAUGUUACUCGAACCUACCCAACGAUGGUUCCCUACUUGAAAGGAAUACAUCUGACCCUUGAUGCUUGGAGACCAGGGCGAGAUGAUGAGGGAUGGAAGUCUAUUGGUUACAAGGGAGAGGCGCCAACUCCAAGUUCACAAGACGCCCCGGAAUAUGUGAAGGGAGUACCUAGACUGAAGGAUGACUUGGCUGCUUUAUCGGCUCUCACGGCCUCAGAGAGUCCCCCAAUUCGGAGAGUACGCAGUAAGAGGGUGAUGACGGUAUUCUAUGGGUUUGGAGACGCAUCAGCGGUUGGAUUCUGCAGCACGUUUCAGCGCUUCUCUAAGCAAGGAAGCGGCUUCAUUGCGGAAGACAAAAUACACUAUCGGUAUGGGCACUAG